AUACACUCCACUUUAUUAUCUCCUCAAAAGUCAAGUCAAAAAGGAAGGAAAGUGGGUCCUUGUUAAGUUAAGCAGCUCAUCUCUUCCACCGGACAACCACCAUGACCUCCGGCCAUCACUCCUCCUCCGCCGCCUCCAUCAAAGGCUGCUGCUGCUGCCUGGUCCUCCUCUUCUCCUUCCUCUUACUCCUCUCUCUCGCUAUCAUCCUCAUCCUCGUCCUCGCUGUCAAACCCAAAACCCCCCAAUUCACCCUCCAACAAGUCACCAUCAACUACAUCAACUUCACCGCCACCGAUUCCGCCACUGUCACACUCGUGUUCCGCAUGCUCUUCACCGCCCGCAACAACAACAUUGCGGGAAUCAAGUACAGGGACUCCACGUUUACUAUCAUGUACCGCGGAGUUCCGGUGGGGAGGGGGGUUGUGCGGGGGUUUUAUCAGGCGGCGCAUAGUGCGAGGAAUGUUGAGACGACGGUGUCGGUGGAUCAGACGAAUUUGAUGCAGGCGGAUGCGGCGGCGUUGGUUAGAGAUGUUACUGUUUAUGAUCGGGUUGAGCUUCGGGUCAUGGGGGAUGUUAGUGCUAAGAUCCGGAUUAUUGGGAUCACUUCGCCCAGUGUGCAGGUAUCGUUAGAUUGUGCGAUAGUAAUAAGCCCGAGUAAGCAGUCUCUUGUUUCCAAACAAUGUGGAUUUGAUGGUUUGCAGGUAUGAUGGAUGUAUAAUCCAAGCAUGGUCCGACUCGUCUCAGGUGGUUUGAUCAACAUUAUAAAUUACCAGAGGGAGUUUGUAUACAUAUUUACUCGAUUUUACACAUGAGUGAUCAAUCUAAUCUAAUGAUUUUUAUAUGGUUUUAAUUUGAUAUUUUGUUAUGUUAUAAUCC